AUGGAUAAACUCAAGUACAGCAAAUGCCCGCUGAAAAAGCGACCCAUACUCGUCGAGGAGCCACCGCAUGAGGAUCAGUUGUGUCAUGAUGAGGGACCCGUGGAUCUUAGCGUGGCUGCAGCUUCGGUGCCCCUAGAGCCGCCUCACUGGUCGAUCAAAGCGGAGCCGGAGCCACAGCCGGUAACCACAGAGCUUCGCCGACGCUUCGACGAGGCCAUGACACAAACCAAGGAGCAACUAGCGCGACGCAUUUGGGAGGAGACACGAGAAAUAGCACGCGCCUUUCCCGAUGUCUUUACGCGGGAGGAGAUUGCCAAGAGUUUGGCGCGCCUGGGCUAUGGCGAUUUUGAACUACCGCCAGAGGACGAGGUCAUGGAGCCGGAGCACGAACGUGACUCUGAAAUGGCUGCCAGCUAUGCAAGUAUAUCACCACCAUUGGCAACCGCAGCAUCAGUUAAAGCAGAGCAAGCAGAGGAGCCUUUUGGUUUGCGCAACUACAACAACAACUUGCUGAAAAGCAUUGCGGAGUAUGAGGAUUGCAUGAAACUGCCAAUGCCUGAGCACCACCCGCCACCGCCAGAGCGCUACCAGCUGGCAGCGGAGCCACAGGACUUGAGUGUUCGACCGGAGCUAGCCCCGCAUCAGCAGCAGGAACCGCAGCGUCGUGGUCUGACUGAGAACGUCAAUCUACACAAUGUGGCACGUGCGCUGCUCAGCAUGCAGCAUAUAGCGGCGCCACAGCCACAGCUGCCGCAGCCGCAGAGCUUGAAGGUCGCGCCACAUCAACUAGAGCAGGAGGAGGACCUGGAGAACCAAGAGAACAAUGAGAAUCAGUUGAAUUUGAAGAUUAAGAGCAGCAACGAUCUGUACUAUCAGUGCCAGCAGUGCAACAAAUGCUAUGCCACCUACGCGGGGCUCGUGAAGCAUCAGCAGAGCCAUGCCUACGAGAGCACCGAGUACAAGAUCAUACGCAGCAAUCCCAGCGGUGGCCCCAUUGUGGAUCAAACCGAGUUCUGCACGGAUCAAGCCUCAGCCCUCAUACAAGCAGCGAAUGUCGCCUCGGCGCAGUCCAUGCAGAAGCCGGUGGGCGUGCCGCGCUAUCACUGCAAGGACUGCGGCAAAUCCUAUUCGACCUACUCGGGCCUCAGCAAACACCAGCAGUUCCACUGUCCCUCAGCGGAGGGCAACCAGGUGAAGAAGGUCUUCAGCUGCAAGAACUGCGAAAAGACAUAUGUGUCGCUGGGCGCACUCAAGAUGCACAUCCGCACCCACACGCUGCCAUGCAAGUGCCCCAUAUGUGGGAAGGCCUUCUCGCGGCCCUGGCUGCUGCAGGGUCACAUACGCACCCACACGGGUGAGAAGCCCUUCAGCUGCCAGCACUGCAAUCGUGCCUUUGCGGAUCGAUCCAAUCUGAGGGCGCACAUGCAAACGCACUCGGAUGUGAAGAAGUAUUCCUGCCCCAGCUGCACAAAGUCCUUCUCCCGAAUGUCCCUGCUGGCCAAGCACCUGCAGAGCGGCUGCCAGUCGGAACAGGGUGGCGCCGCGGCAGCGGGCUUCAAUCAGCAUCAGCUGCAGCAGCAUCUGCAGGGCUAUGACGAGUCGUCUCAUCAGCUCUACUAUGCGGGCAGUGUGGGCAGCAGUGGCGGCGAGGAGGAGGAAGCACACGAAUUUCAAAUGCCACCGCAGGUCAGACAGGGCUUAUACUAA